ACGACCAACCCCCAGAAAACCUCAGCACUACCAUCGAGUUCCUUCCACUUUCCACGCCCAGCUCGACCAACGCCAUACUCACCAUAAACUUCAUAUCAUCUGCGAACCCAAUUGAAAACCCCACGAAAAUCGAAGACGCAACCUCACACUUCAUCGUCCACGAAACAAACCAUCUUGCGCCCUCUGGGCCAUAACACCAACGACAACAUGUCCCUCGUCCACCUCUCCCACGUCUGCUCACACCUCCAAAACGCCUCCCGCGCGCGCCUAGGCCUGACAUCCGUCCCCUCAACAAACCAAAUCCUCACCCUCUGCCUCUCGCUCCAAUCCGCCGGCUUCCUCUCCUCCGUAACCCGCGGCGGGCUCACUCCUCCUCCACUCGACAACCUGUCCUCGUACAGCCCGGAACCCGUCACGCAGCAGAACGUUGCGACAAGGAGAUUGUGGCUCGGCAUGAAGUAUUGGGAUAAUGAGCCGGUGUUGAAGAAGAUGGAGAUGGUUAGUAAGCCGACGAAGAGGAUUUGGAUGGAUUGUAGCGAUUUGGGGAGGAUUGUGAGGGGGCGGGAGGCUGGGCAGGUGAGGGGGUUGACGGGGGUGGGGGAGUGUUUGUUUGUUAGUACUGAUAGGGGGGUUAUGGAGGCGAGGGAGUGUGUUGAGAGGAGGGUGGGGGGGAUGUUGCUUUGUAGGGUUAUUUAG